CUGAAACCCCGAGCAGACAGCCAAUCGCGCCCGGCUGGCCGCCUCCCCCCACCGGGGCCCCACGCAAGUGCCCCCGCCGAGCCCCCCGCCAGUCGCACCAUGCCGCGCUCCUUCCUGGUAAAGAAGAUCAAAGGGGACGGCUUCCAGUGCAGCGGGGUGCCGGCCCCCACCUACCACCCCUUGGAGACGGCCUACGUGCUGCCUGGCGCCCGGGGGCCGCCCGGGGACAACGGUUACGCCCCGCACUGCCUGCCCCCCAGCAGCUACGAUGCGGACCAGAAGCCGGGCCUGGAGCUGGCCCCGGCCGAGCCCGCGUACCCGCAGGCGGCGCCGGAGGAGUACAGCGACCCCGAGAGCCCACAGUCAAGCCUGUCGGCGCGCUACUUUCGCGGGGAGGCGGCCGUGACCGACAGCUACUCCAUGGACGCCUUCUUCAUCUCUGACGGGCGCUCGCGGCGGCGACGCGGCGGGGGCAGUGGCGACGCGGAGGGCGCGGGGGACCCCGGGAGCGCUGGGGGACGUGCGGGGCGCGCGGGGGCGCCGGCGGGAGGCGGGCACCGGCACGCCUGCGCCGAGUGCGGCAAGACGUACGCCACGUCGUCGAACCUGAGCCGCCACAAGCAGACGCACCGCAGCCUGGACAGCCAGUUGGCGCGCAAGUGCCCGACAUGCGGCAAGGCGUAUGUGUCCAUGCCCGCGCUGGCCAUGCACGUGCUUACGCACAACCUGCGCCACAAGUGCGGCGUGUGCGGCAAGGCCUUCUCGCGGCCCUGGCUGCUGCAGGGCCACAUGCGCUCGCACACCGGCGAGAAGCCGUUCGGCUGCGCGCAUUGCGGCAAGGCCUUCGCCGACCGCUCCAACCUGCGCGCGCACAUGCAGACGCACUCGGCCUUCAAGCACUACCGCUGCCGCCAGUGCGACAAGAGCUUCGCGCUCAAGUCCUACCUCCACAAGCACUGCGAGGCCGCCUGCGUCAAGGGGGCCGAGCCGCCCCCGCCGGCCCCAGCCGGCCCUGCCAGUUGAGACUCCCGCCGCGCCCCCGCGCCCGCCCGCCCCCUUUGCCCUCUGCUCCCUCUCCGUCCCCCAGCUGCGUUUCCCGGCCCACACCCUUCGUUGGGGACCUCUCCUAGUCCGGAACUUUUCUCUCCAGCCCCCAAACCUACAAUUCACUUCCAGCACUGUCUUCCCCAGCGCACCCUGACCCACAUCUCCUAGAUUAGGACCGUGACCCCCUGUCCACGCCCUCAAGGCUCCCAACUCAGGCACCAGGUCUGCACCUCUCCGGGACCCCAGAGCCGUAAUUUUCUCCCACCUAGAUCAUGUCCCUCUCCCUUUCUUCCAGACCUUCCGUCUCACUUCUCAGAUGAGUUUCUCUGACCUUUCCUCUAUUGGACAAAGAAGGCCCAAGCCUACUUGACUCUCACACCUACCUUGGUUUCCCUAUCCACACCAGAUCGCAGGCCCUGCAGCCCCCAGACUACAUUCCGACCCCAGAUUACCCCUCUGGCCUCUCUGCUGUCUCCCCGUAUGUGUGUUCACCUAGAGAUCUAAUCUUCAUGCUUGGAGUCCCCAGUCUGUCCUUGUUUCCCCGCAUAUCCCGGCUGUAGGUCCGGCCAUUCACACACCACCACCAACUCCACACUCAAACACAGUUCCCACCCUCUUGGGUCUCCGGGGCCUUCGCAUGCACCUCCACUCCCUUUUCUCUCCAGAACUCUCAUCCCUCUUGCAGCUCCCACCCCUUUGAGUUCACCUGGCCAGGGGCAGACUUGAAGGACAGCUCAGGCCCUGCCCCCUAAUGUAGCGUGCUGGCCCAGGACAGACCCUCCCCGGACUUCCAACCUGGAGUUGCCCUCCCCCAUAUUCUCUGAGCACUUUCCCUGACCCCCAGGACUACAGGCACCCCUCUUUAUUUGUUGGGGGGAGGCCUGGGGUACCUCACAAAUGCCCUUCCUCCCACCCGUCUGGGCCUCUCUAGUUAUUUCUUUGUGUAUUUAUUUGUUUAUCUAUUUAUUAUUCUAUUUAAUCUCUUGGUCUCACCCA